AUGGAGGGGACAAUGCUGACGGAGGGGCAGGAGAAGCCACAGAAGCGGGUGAGGUUCCGAGUGGCUUCUGGGAACAGCGGACGGGUGCUGAAGGAGAUGUUCAAGGAUGAGGGGCCUUCGGACUCCCUGGAGUCAGACUGCACCAGCAGCUCUGACGCUGACAGAGCCAGUACCCCAUCCACAAGUGGAGACUCGCAGGGACACCUGUAUGGAUACAUGGGCUCGGAGCUGGACGACAGCGAGAGCGAGCCCGAUGACCUGCUCAUGUAUGCGGGGGCCACCAAGGACUGGUCGUUCACCACCAAGAGGGUCAACAUACUCAGUAAAAAUGGGACUGUGAGGGGGGUCAAGCACAAAGUCAGCGCAGGUCAGACGCUGUUUGAAAACCUUCCCAAUUGCAGCAGUUUGGAGAUGUUGCUUGAGUUUGGGCGGAUUGUCAUCUACACGACCAGUUUCCGUGUGGUGAGGACGACCUUCGAGCGCUGCGAGCUGGUCAGAAAGAUUUUCCAGAACCACAGGGUAAGGUUUGUGGAGAAGAACAUCGCUCUGAACAGCGAGUAUGGGAAGGAGUUGGAGGAGCGGUGCAAACGUGUGGGAGAACCUCCUUCAUUACCAGUUGUGUUCAUUGAUGGACACUACCUAGGGGGUGCUGAGAAAAUCCUCGGUAUGAAUGAAUCAGGAGAGCUUCAAGAUCUUCUGACCAAAAUCGAGAGGGUACAGCAUCCCCAGACGUGCCAGACCUGUGGGGGCUAUGCCUUCAUCCCAUGCCCAACGUGCCAUGGCAGCAAGAUGUCCAUAUUUCGCAACUGCUUCACGGAUUCCUUCAAAGCCCUCAAGUGCACUUCCUGCAACGAGAACGGUCUGCAGCCGUGUGUGAGCUGCAGCCGGUGAGGACGUAACGUGCCUGACCCUACGUCCUCGCUCACUUCUCUGGGACCUGAGAGAGGACCCUGAACUGGACUGAAACACAGGCAGUGACAUGAAACACAGCAGGUCUC